AUGAACGCGGAGUCCAAACUAAGGCGGGCGGCUCUCUUGGGAGACGUUGAGCUGCUCAUAUCCAAGAACUGCAAUGUAAAAUACAUGCCUGACGGCCAGCUGCCCGCAUGUGCCGUCGCCAUCAUGGAAGGUGCCGAAGACACAGCCAUCCACCUUCUGCGCAACGGGGCCGAUAUCUCGCUUCCGGAAUUGCCACGCCCACCAUUCGGUUUGUUUCAAGGGAAAAGAAGGACUCAGGCGAACAAAUCAAGGGAGAAAAGACACACCGCCUUUGACUCUUGGCCAUUUCGCUGGCUCUAUGAUACGAUCUGUCUGGGGACCGUCCUACCGAUGUUAAAUGGCGGACAUGACAGCGCAACUUGGCGUUGGGAAUUGUACAUUGUGUUCACACUAUGCACGUUGGGCGGUAUCUACACCCUGAGAUACUUCAACACAAGGGUGAUACUAGAUCUCACCUCAGCUCUGUUUGGUAAGUCAUGGACAGGCCUCUUCAUUCGACUCCUCCUGUUCAUGGCUUUGCGCAACUUCUUCCCCCACAAACGGGCUUUAGGCUACCAGCCCCCUGGAGCCUCGAUUGUCAAAGCUUUAGUCGCGUCCCGCUUCACCAGUGAGCGACUCAUUCUUGAAGUUCUCGAUCGUGGGAUAUUUUCUCGUCAAUAUGUUCAGGAAUCUAUCUACUUUACCGGAGCUUUUACCGGAGCUGAAGACCUAGUUUUUCGGCUCUGGGCCAAGGCAGUCAUCGCAGGGUAUGUAGAAGUACUCAAGGAGCUCGUUGCAUACGGAGUUCCAGUCGAUUCAACUAUCUGGGGCAGUAAUGGACUCGACGCCUUGACCAUAUCAGCUCGAUACAAUCGAGUCCAUGUGGUUGAAGCUCUUCUCAAGCUCGGAGGAGACCCCAAGUUGAAAAGAAAGUACUACGGUAUUCCUGGAGAGGAAGCAAGAGAGACGACUGCGCUGCUAGAAAGCACUCAACUGAGAUCGCAACACAUGAGCCCGGAAGACAGUGAAGCUCAAUAUACCAUCAUCAGUCUUCUCCUCAAAUGUGGCGCAGAAGUCAACGCAUCUGACGAAUCGGGGCGCAACGCAAUCAUGUACGCCGCAGAGUACGGUUCCCUGGAAAUGUUCAAACUUCUCCUGGAGCAUGGUGCAAGUCGUAAAUCAGUUGAUGAUUCCGGGAAAAGCUUGGCUCAUUUCAUAUGCAUGAGGGAACCGAACCCUGACAUAGAAUCAGCGCCUGACCCAAUCCAUUUUCUUGACUUGCUACAGAUUACCACUGCUGAACUCGACUUCCCCGACAAAGACGGCUACACACCGUUUCUCUGCGCCGCAAAGUCUGGAAAUGCGGAAGCGAUCAGAAAACUCUUGACAAUGGGCUGCAAUCCACUUCUGAGAACAACACACGGCAGGGACGCUUUAUACCUGGCAAUGAUGUAUGGUUGUUACGAAAUGGGCGGAAUGGCAGAGAACACACUACAGCUUUUGGAAGUUGAAUGUGGCAUCACAUGCAAAGAAGUCAAGAAAGCAGUUUUUGAGGAGGAGGUUCGCAGAGCACUUGACUCAAUGGAGGCUGCAAUUUCCGCCCACUGA